GAAAUGACAGGCAAUGUCACAUAUGGUUCGGUGGUAAACAAAAUAUAGCAUCAUUUUAUAAGUUUCUUCAAAACGGUGAACAUUUGUAUCGUUUGUUUAAAGUUUUUCGCAUAUUCAUUAAUUCAAAAAUACGACUAACAUAAUGCCGAAGUACUACUGUGAUUAUUGCGACACGUACCUUACGCACGACUCGCCCAGCGUACGCAAAACCCACUGCACCGGCCGAAAGCACAAAGACAAUGUGAAGUUCUACUACCAGAAGUGGAUGGAGGAACAGGCCCAGCAUCUCAUCGACGCGACCACCGCUGCCUUCAAGGCGGGGAAGAUCGCCCAGAACCCGUUCUCGGCUGGUCCGCCGAAGCCGAAUGUCGCCAUACCGCCGCCCACGAUGGGUAUGCCUGCCCGGCCGGGAAUGAUUCCCGGCAUGCCAGCCGGAGCGCCGCCGCUACUAAUGGGACCGGGUCCGAUGGGAAUGCGUCCUCCCAUGAUGAUGCCAAUGGGUAUGCCACCAAUGGGAAUGGGUAUGCGACCUCCAAUGAUGAACGGUCCUCCGCCGCAGAUGAGCCAGAAAAUGCAUUACAACGCUUAUCAACUAUAUGAGAACGUAGUGCGCUGUGAAAACCGGCGGCCGUACUAAAUUUUCCUCCCGUCAAAUAUUUGAACAAUCCUACUUUCAAAUGAUUUCUGAA